CGACGGUACCUGAACGCAGCACUUUCGGCAGUUUUUGGGUGCAUGCAUGCAACGUCAGUCAGCAGACUUCAAGACACAAUGCCUGCAGAUUUAAGCCAGUGGACCGGGUCUUUGGCCCUGCAGGAGGUGGAGGAGAAACCUGCAGAGUCUCUGACGAUGAAGUACGACUCUGUGGAGAUCGAUGAGCUCGGUAAAGUGCUCACUCCGACACAGGUGCAGAACAGACCCACCUGCGUGGAGUGGGCAGGAUGUGACUCCAGUAAGAUGUACACUCUGGCUCUCACUGACCCGGACGCCCCCAGCAGGAAGGACCCCAAGUUCAGGGAGUGGCAUCAUUUCCUGGUGGUCAACAUGAAGGGGAAUGAUGUUUCCUCUGGCUGCGUCAUGUCCGACUACGUGGGAUCUGGUCCUCCCAAAGGCACAGGUCUUCACAGGUACGUGUGGCUGGUGUACGAGCAGUCAAGCAGCCUGAACUGCUCCGAGACGGUCCUCACUAACCGCUCUGGAGACGGGCGAGGAAAGUUCAGCAUCCGGAGCUUCAGGCAGAAGUACAACCUGGGCGCUCCGGUGGCGGGGACCUGCUACCAGGCCGAGUGGGACGACUACGUCCCCAAACUGUACGAGCAGCUGGCCGGAAAAUAAUCACAAAGACUUGACUCUAAAGUUUCAGCACUAGGAAAUCCUGCUGAGUUUAACAGUCUGUAGGAAAUCCACAUUUUCAGGAGAAGUGAAAAACCCUGUUUUGUUUUUGUGAGUGUGAAACUGAAUUAUGUUGCCCCCCUGAGAAACACCUCUACAUGACGUGAUCUGCACUUACCCAGAAUAAACAUGUUGCACACUGAA